GGGAGGAGGACAGAGUCGCCGUAACUCGUGGUGCCCCGCCCCGCCAUUUUAUCUCCUUCUCCUCCUCCUUCGCCUGGGUUGGAGUUGUUUGUAGCGCUACGGGCCCGUCGCCCAUAGAUACAGGUCCUCGCCACUGUCCCCAGGAAAAAGGCCUCGCCUUCGGGAUGACUCCGUGGGGUGGGAGGAAGGGGGAGGCCCUGUCACCAGCCGACACGACGGUUGGCCCGUCUCUUUUUCGCCCCCUCAAUUCCAGCCUAUCUACCCACCUCCUCCACCCCUUUACUGUGUGUAUCUUUCAACUUCCCCGGCCUAGAUAAAUCCCUGUAAAAUCAUUGAAAGCAGCAGACCGUUUGUUUGGCUCUGCCUUUAUUACUCCGGAUUAACAACCGCCACCCCUUGCUUACUCACAUCGACUACCUGUGGCUGGAGUUCUCGCUUCGACUAUAAAGAGGGGAGGGGGGCUGUGAUUCAUCCAUUUGCUGAUUUAAAAAGGCAGCAGGGAGUUAAUCCGGAUUACGUGACCAUUUCUGUUCCUCUUUGUACACAUAUGCCCUAGAGACAAACUGCAUUGCCCUUAGAAAGCGAGUUCAAGGACACAAACACUAUUCAUGGCUCUCUUGACCCACUGUAACAACCCUUCCCUAGACUACGAACAACUUUUUUUUUCUUUUACUCUGUGAGUGGAAGGAUGAAUGAUGGUGAACCCACCUCUCCUAGUUAUUUCAGAUUAAUCCAGGAAUAAAGAAGCAUCCUCUUGCAAAGCUACCUGGACAGAAUGACGGACCUAGUGGCUAUCUGGGAAGUAGGUUUAAGUGAUGGCAUCCACAAAAUUGAGUUUGAACAUGGGACCACCUCAGGAAAACGUGUUGUGUAUGUGGAUGGAAAGGAAAUAAUGAGAAAAGAAUGGAUGUUCAAAUUAGUGGGGAAAGAGACAUUUACUGUCGGAACAUCUAAAACAAAGGCUACUAUUAACAUUGAUGCUGUCAGUGGCUUUGCAUAUGAAUAUACCUUGGAAAUUAAUGGCAAGAGCCUCACAAAAUACAUGGAGAACAGGUCAAAAACAACAAGUACUUGGAUGUUACACUUGGAUUGUACAGAUUACAGGGUUGUAUUAGAAAAAGACACAAUGGAUGUCUGGUGCAAUGGUAAAAAAGUGGAAACGGCGGGAGAAUUUGUAGAUGAUGGGACAGAAACACAUUUCAGUAUUGGAAAGCAUAACUGUUGCAUUAAAGCUGUCAGCAGUGGGAAAAGAAGAGAAGGAAUUCUUCAUAUGCUUGUUGUAGAUGAUGAAGAAAUCACAGCACCUUUGUAAUAGCUUUCCAUUAUUCUGACUAUUGCAGAUACAAAGAUCAGGGAUUUUCAAUUGCUGUGGUAAUUGACUACUUUAAUAUAUACUUUAAUAUAUACUUCAUGGAAUAUUCAGUUUGUGCUGUUCUUAUUUUCUAGCUGCUGUAUAUGAAAUUUAUUGAAGGACCAGAUGAGAAUAUGUUGUCUUUUUUGUAAAAAGAAUUUAUAUAUUAGAACACUAAAGAGGAACUUUGACCAAUGUAGAAAUUGUUUACAUGGAAAAUUUUAAUAAGUGCAGAAUAAAACAUAGUAGUGAAAUUUGUUCAUUUAAA